UCUUAAGUCUCCUCCUCUCAACCCUCUCAAUUUCCUUCUCUCUUCCUUCUCCUUGAGUUGCAUUUGAAAGUGAAUAAUGGGUUCCCAUUAUUUUGCACAAGCCCUAGCAAUGGUGCUAAUUGCUUCAAUGCUGGCAGUCGGCUUAGCCAAUAAGGAUUGGCAACAAGGCAACUACACUGGUUGGGGUUUCGGCCAUGGCCUCAACGAGACCAAAGGACCCAACAAAAUCACAGUUGGUGGGUCGGAAAACUGGCAUUACGGAUUUGACUACAAACAAUGGGCUUGGAAGAAUGGCCCAUUUUACAUCAAUGACACUCUAGUUUUCAAGUAUGAUCCACCAAAUGACACCACACGUCCUCAUAGCGUGUACUUGUUCCAAAACCCUUGGAGCUUCAUGAAGUGUGAUUUAAGCCAAGCCAAGAUGGUGGGAAAACCGACACAAGGAGGUGGAAAAGGCUUUGAGUUUGUGCUCAAGAGGUGGCAGCCUUACUACUUCGCUUGCGGCGAGCACAACGGCCUCCAUUGUAAGGACGGACUGAUGAGGUUCGUCGUCUUCCCAAUGUUUCGCGGCUGGAAUUACUGAUCAUCUGGCAAUGGAGCCUUUCUAAUUUUCAUUAUUAUUAAUUACUUUUUGAGCAAAUAACAAGACUUGGUGUGCGAGUUUUGAGAGACUAUAGUUGAUAAUUUCAUAAUUAUUAACUCUUGUUAAUUAACUAGUCUAAGAUAUAAUACAUUAUAUGAGACGUGUGCUUUUUUUU